GAAGUGCGUGCAUUCGUGGCAUUCUGUGCAGACGCUGGCGUUGAGCGGCAGCGUUCCUUCGUAGCUCCUUGUACUUGAAAUUCAUCGAGCGGAAAUGGGUGCCCAAGAUAACGAGAGUGAGCCUGAGCAGUUCAGGAAGCUGUUCAUCGGCGGCUUGGACUACAAGACCACGGAGGAGAGCCUGAAAGGCCACUUCGAGCAAUGGGGCGAAGUCGUGGACUGCGUCGUCAUGCGAGAUCCCAGCACCAAAAAGAGCCGUGGCUUCGGCUUUAUCACCUUCCGUCGCGCGCACAUGGUCGACGACGCGCAAGCGGCACGACCGCACAAGGUCGAUGGCCGUGAGGUGGAACCAAAGCGGGCCGUACCACGUGAGGAGGCUGGCAGACCCGAGGCGCAAGCCACUGUGAAGAAAGUCUUCGUUGGCGGUCUCAAAGACGACGUCGACGAGUCCGAUCUCCGGGACUACUUCUCACAGUUUGGAAACAUCCUCUCCGUCAACUUGGUCACCGAGAAGGACACCGGCCGCAAGCGUGGCUUUGCCUUUGUCGAGUACGACGACUACGACCCAGUGGACAAGAUUGUCCUGAAGCGCCACCACAUGCUGAAGGGAAAAAGGACCGAAGUGAAGAAGGCCCUUUCUAAACAAGAAAUGGAAAACCUCAAGAAGGACAAGCGGCCCGCAUUCAGGGGCGGUCGCGGUGGCCGUGGUGACGGCUGGGAAGGCGGCUACGGCGGUGGUGGAUAUGGUGGCGGCGGCUACGGCGGUGGUGGUUACGGCUCGGGCGGAGGUGGCUACGGAAGUGGUGGCGGCGGCUACGGCGGUGGUGGCUGGAGCCAAGGCGGAGGCGGCUACGGAGACAGCUUCAGCCAGGGCGGCUGGGGAGGUGGCGGCGGCGGAGACUUUGGCUCCGGCUACGGCAACAGCUAUGGUGGUGGACCCAUGCGCGGAGGCCCAGGUGGCUACUCUCAGCGUGGGUCUGGCCCAUACGGUGAGUCUUCAUAUGGCAACGGCAGUGCGGGAGGCGGCGGCGGCUACCGGAGAUAAACAAGUCGUCGUGGUUUUAACUGGGGGAGUUCGAACAGGCUGCUGGCCUUGCCAUAAGGACGUGGUGCGCCAAGGAGCCAGGCAAAAGGUAUGUGUGCUGGUGUUGUCUGGUUGGGAGUCUUCAUUUAGCUCAUGCUUGGUCUUUCUCUUGGAAACUGUGCAUACAGCUAUUGCUUUGUUAUACAGGCUUUCAGAAUGCCCGUCCUGUAGAGAUGUGCCCACAGGUGCAGUGAAUGUUGUACAUGUUAGCCUGAUAGCCUAGGUAAAAGCAAUUCGUAUGCAUUGCUGAACAUUGUAUUCCGUUCUUAUAACUUUCCUUCCUCUCCCAUUCACAGGGACAUUUUAAGAUCUAAAGUCUGCAGGAGCUGGAACCUCCUGCAGCAGUCCUGCUGGCCCACUUGCUUGGUUCUGUGCCAGGCAUUGCCGUUGGCUCAUCGAAUGCACUGCGUGCCUGCCCUUGUACAAUCUCGUGGACACAUUGAAAUAAAAAGUUUCACAGUUGUA